AUCCGGGUGGACUCCUCGCAAAGGUGGCAAUCUGGCGGUGCUGGGUGUGUUUGUAACUUGUCAUUUUGCAGUGCAAUGCCUUUAUCAUCAUCUGCUGAUUCCUCAGCGUUCAUCCAGUCUGACGGGAAAAGAAGCAGCCCUGCUGCCCAAGGUUCUUUCUUCACGGGAAAACUCUAAAUGAAUCGCAGCACCCGAGCGGCGCUGGGUAGGAUCGUAAGAGUGAGACCGGGGCACGAUGGCAGCGGAUGAGUGGUAAGACGCUCGCCUGUGAUAUCUCGAGGAUCUCUGUGUUAAUUUUGUGUAGAACAGAACCCAGACUUCUGAAAGCAGAGGAGAGCAGUCAUUGCGAGGCGAUGGGUGUGGGGGUUGCCCACUGCCUGCUCCUUCUGGCUGUGCUCUUCUUCCCAGCCUCGCCGCGCACUGCUCUCAGGGUUCUCAGUAAGGAAUCAAAGACUGCUACUCAGCAAGAUGAGUGCAGAAGUCUCAUUCCCUGCAAAGAUAACGGAGCUGUUUGCAUUCACCCUUGUUCUCCCUCCUUCCAUGGGGAGACAAGCUUUGUCUGCGAAGACAGAAAGUGGCAGAUGCUCACAGACACCUGUGCGAGCCUGGACGUUCAGUCCCUUUUUGAGAGAAUUUCUGCACGGGAACUCCUUCCAGGCUCUGAAGGACAUGUUGGCAUCGCUGGAGGACGCCUUCCUUUUGUAAGGGAAGGAAAGCCGAUGAAUGAGAAGCCUGGAGAUGGAGCAAAGUAUUUUGGUGCUGACAACUAUGAGAAUCAUAACUGUCAAGCUGAUUUUUCAUGCAUUGUCCCAGAUAUCCUGUCUUCACCAGCCAUUCCAGGAAACAUCGCUGAUAUAGUAGAAUUGCUAAAGAAGAUAUCCCUGCUGUUAUCAGAGAACGUCAGUAGAGGAAAAAUGCAGAGUUACAGCAGGAUAGCAAACCAUAUUCUGAACAGCUCUGUCAUUUCCAGCUGGGCUUUUGUAAGGGACAGAAACGCCAGUUCGAUGUUACUGGACUCGGUGAAUUUAUUUGCAGGGAAACUUCUUCUAAAAAAUGGGUCGGAGAGUAUACAGGAGCACUUCAUCUCUACAAAAGGCUACAGCGUACAUAAAAACACUUCAGGGAAGAGCUUUGAUUUUAAUGUGGCAUUCAGUAACACAAGGAAUAUCACUGGGCAUGUGGUCAUUCCAGAAGAAGAGCUUUUGAAGUUACCCAAGACUUCCAAAGCCAUCAGCAUUGCACUUCCAACACUUGGAGCAAUUAUAGAAACCAGUCGGCUGGACCCUGUUUUUGUGAAUGGAAUGGUUUUAUCUGUGUCUCUGCCAGAAGAGCUUCAUCGUAUUUUGCUCACCUUCGAAAAGGUGAAUAAACUGGAGAACCUCAAGGCUCAGUGCGUUGGGUGGCACUCUACCGAGAGGAGGUGGGAUAACAGGGCUUGCACAAUGAAGUCGGACAACAUCAGCAGUGUUGUGUGCAACUGCAAGCACCACCACCGGACCUUCAAAUCCUUCUCCAUCCUGAUGUCGCCCACCAUGCUGCGAAAUGCAGUGCUGGAUUACAUUACACGUGUAGGGUUAGGCCUUUCCAUUUUCAGCUUGGUUCUCUGCCUCAUCAUCGAGACUGUCGUCUGGCGUCAUGUUACGAAGACUGAAAUAACCUACAUGCGCCAUUUCUGUUUGGUCAACAUUGCUACAUCGCUUCUCGUUGCUGAUGUUUUGUUCAUCUUGGCAGCUAUUGUGCACAAGACAGCCCUAAACCACCAGUUGUGUGUAGCAGCCACUUUUUUCCUCCACUUUUUCUAUCUUGCCUUGUUUUUUUGGAUGUUUACCCUGGGCCUUUUGAUUCUCUAUGGAUUAUUAUUAAUUUUUUUUAAGUUAACAAUAUCUGUGUUCAUGGCUACAGCAUUUUCCAUUGGAUAUGGAUGCCCCUUGGUCAUAUCUAUCCUCACUGUUGCUGUUACUGAACCAAAAAACGGAUAUCUAAGGCAUGGAGCCUGCUGGCUCAAUUGGUAUGAGACGAAAGCCCUUUUGGCCUUUGUUGUACCUGCUCUGAGCAUCAUUGUUGUGAAUGUGGUGGUGGUGGUAGUGGUUGUGGUGAAGACAGGAAGAUCCUCCAUUGGAGAAGGCUGCAAGUCACAAGAUUUGAGCAACAUGAUCCGAAUUAGCAAAAACGUUGCCCUUCUGACGCCUCUUCUCGGCCUCACCUGGGGGUUUGGAUUAGCCACGAUUAUUGAUAGUCGCUCGCUGGGGUUCCAUAUUACGUUUGCGCUACUGAAUGCCUUCCAGGGAUUCUUCAUCUUAUUGUUUGGGACACUUCUGGACAGAAAGACGAGAGAAGCCUUAAGGAUGAGCUACCUUUCAUCUAAGCGGAAGUGCAGUCUAGCAAAGUCCUAGCAGUGGAUGGUUGUCUUCAGUGGAUCUGACCAGUGAGAGGAAAAGGAGCGCUUCUUACAAAGAAAACCCUGGUUUGAGAUGAACCGAAGUGGCUGACCAGCUCGCGACGUGGACAGCAAUGUCUUGGAGCACAGCCAUGGGAAACGUCAUAAAAAGCAGAAGAGAAAAGGCCCCGAAUCUGCUGUCAGGAGCAGGAAACCAUCAGUGUUGCUGCAGCGCUUGGAGGAUACACGUGGAUGUGUGAAAGUUGUUUCUUACCUUUGUGAAAACUGCUGUGAGGAGAGUUUGUCCUCAUUUGCCAUUUCAGUGCUUCCAUUUCUUUCUUUUUUUUUUUCAUCUCAGUGCAAUAUGGAGCUGUACAGCAUGGGGGGCUGUUCUAAAGUUAUUUAAUUUUUAAUAUGAUGUACAAAUACCGAGUGCUCUCUGCCUGGGUUUGCCUGCCCAUUCAUCAUUUCCAUCUGUCAUCCCUGACGGAUGGACAACGUAACUCUGUUUCUGCAUCGCA